GCUCCCAAACUGCGCUGCAGAAAUUCACACCUACAACAGUGUCACUGCUCCUCUGUGUUGACACGUUGCUCUUAUCUCCACUGUGCAGAGUGGAGCUUAGUUUUAAUUCAGUUUAUAGCAGCUAAUAAUGUGCCUGCAUGAAGCUCAUUUACAGCAGAGUAAAUUGUUUCGACUGCAGGUUCUUAUUGUUGGUAGGAGCUGCAUUCUAUCGAGUGGAACUUUUGCUGUGGCAUUUUAGAAAAUGUUUUGGAUACCAAAAAACAACUGAAAUGAUUGUGUUUGUUUAAAUGUGCAUUGUUUACUCCAGUCGUAUUACCUCUAUCCUAACCAGCUGUUUUAGUCCUUUACUUGGAAGCAGCCGAGGCACAGCGUGGUAUCAAGUAUCACCAUACCAUGGUGGAUCUGAACAGAAAUGUUGCACCAUCGAGUCAAGGUGAGGAAGAAAGUGAACGCGAGUCGCUCUGCCUGAAGAUCAGAAAUAACCUAGAGGAAAUGCUGUCCAACAGUCACCUGGCAGAGGACAGCUUCCUGCUGAAGCACAUCCAGAGGAACAGGCAGGGCUACGUCAGCCUCAAGCUUCUCACUUGUUUGAAAACGAUCAAGACCCUGACCACAAAUUGGCACAUUACUUUGGCAGCCGCUAAGGGCUCAGCCCUCCUAGAGGUGAAUGAUGAAGCAACCAAAGUAAGGCGCAAAGAGCCACUUCCACAGCGGCUGAUGUGUUCCCCCACCAGCAGGCUCCUCCUCAUGUGGAUCAACCCAGAACAUGCAGAAGACAAAGCAGCCAGGAACCCUGGGAGUCCAUCACUUCUGCUGAAGACGAUUCAAAAAUUCACCAGUCCUAUCAGCAUUACUUCUUUCUGGUUCCUGCAUCCUGGAGAAGAGCUUCCCAAAGAGCUGCAGUGCUACACCAAACGCCACAAAGAGCUCAGCCAGCACCUGUGUGCAGUGGUGAAGUUUGUCAGUCUGGAAGCACUUCGUGAGACCCUCAACGCCCUGAGAGCAGAAGAGAUGGUUGGCGGGAAGAGACUGUGCAUGUUGCCUUUGGGAUACCAAUCACCACAAAGCUUUUCUAAAUGUCAACCAUCAGAGGAGGAAAACACAAACCGAUGUGAGAAGGACACAUGUUCUGAGGAAGUCUCAGAAGUUUUGGUCCAGAAAGAAUCUCUUCACAAGAUUUAUGAAGAAACUUCUAAGUCAUCUCCUCAUCAAGUUAGCCAGGACACCCUGCUAGGAGACAAGACCUUAACCAUCUGCGGUGACCAGUCUUCCAGUCACCUGGAUCAGGGGUGCAUGAAGACAGGCUGGUCCUUUGGAGACAAUAGCGUGGAGAGUUCUCAUGGCCCGUGGGUACGCAGACGCAAAUUUGCAGCUCAAAACCCAAACGCAGUGCUGCUGAAAGCACCCUGUUCAAUACUAAGAGUCCUGCGUAAACCUUCUGGUCCUGAUGACACUAAAGGUUUUCGUGCAAGAGCAAAGGAAAUAGAUUUCAUUGGUUGAAGUUGCAACUUUACAAAAAAUGAUGAAUUUAAAAUAUAUAAAGUAAUUUUCAUUAAAGGAAAAUAUAGUUGCUGA